CUGCUUCGUAUUCCUACAUCGUACACCUCACCUUGCACUACAAGCGAAACAAUGGCCGAUCAGAAGAACCUUCCUCAGGUGGAGUAUCGCCGUCUUGGCAAGUCAGGCUUGCGGGUUUCUGUUCCCAUCCUGGGUGCGAUGAGCUUCGGCUCGCUGAAGCAGAUGGACUGGGUGAUCGAGGAGGAGGAGGCUCUCCCUCUGCUCAAGUAUGCAUGGGACAGGGGUGUCACUACCUGGGAUACCGCUAACGUCUACUCGGCUGGUGUAUCCGAGAAGAUCAUCGCGAAGGCUAUCAAGAAGUACAACAUCCCUCGCUCCAAGCUUGUCAUUCUCACAAAAUGCUUCGGGCUUGUACCUGACACGCUUGAUAUCCGGGCAAACGACAACCCGGACUUGAAGAACACGCGUGACUACGUCAACCAGUCCGGGCUCUCCCGCGGAGCUAUCUUCAAUGCCGUGGAGAACUCGCUUGCGCGGCUCGAGACGACCUACAUCGACCUUCUGCAGAUCCAUCGUUACGACCCUAACACACCGUUUGAGGAGACGAUGUGCGCGCUUAAUGACCUCGUGCGCUCGGGCAAGGUGCGCUACAUCGGUGCGUCGUCGAUGUUCGCCUGGCAGCUGGCAGAAUACAACCACGUCGCGGAGAAGAACGGAUGGACCAAGUUCGUUAGCAUGCAGAACCAUUACUCGCUCAUGUACCGCGAGGAAGAGAGGGAGGUGAACAAGUACUGCGAGUACGCCGGCAUUGGCCUUAUCCCUUGGGGCCCUGUUGCUGCUGGCCAGCUGGCUCGUCCGCUCUCGGACCAGAAGGACACCGCACGCGCCGUAGCGAGCGCCGCGCUGAGGACUCUUUCUGCCGCGGACGAGGAGACGAUCAAGCGCGUCGAGGCGCUGGCGAAUAAGAAGGGCUGGACGAUGGCCCAGGUCGCGUUGGCGUGGAUUGAUGGCAAGUGUACGAGCCCGAUUGUUGGCUUCUCCAGCCCGCAGAGGCUCGAGGAAGCUAUCAUUCCGGACAAGACACUCUCUCCGGAGGACUACAAGUACCUCGAGGAGCCGUACGAGGUCAAGACGAUCCGCGGGCACUCGUAGACAGUUUGGGUAUACAGUUGAGAGAUAUAAACACGUAGCAGGC